UCCCCUUCCUUCGCUUCUCAAGAACGAUUUCUCUACCGGCUCUAAGGCCUUAGUGACGGCGCUUCCGACACCGCGGAUCCCAAAAGAUUGCUGGCUCCCCCUGAAAUUUUGGAGUGGGCCAGAGGCCCCCCUUCCCUUUCCUUACCCGCCCACCCCUGUGGGUUGUGUUUAGGUUUCGCUGUCUCCACCCACUUCCCUCCCUCCCUCCCUCCAACCUCUUCCUUCUCGGAGCUCUGACUAGCUUAGUACUGCUCACCGGGGCCCAAGUUUCCGUCCUUCUCCAGUCCGUGCUUGUCGGGGUCCAUAGUUGGGCCCUUUAAUCUGGUGGCAUAUACAUUUCUCGGUCCCCAGAGACCCUCCCUUACUUCUCCUCAACCCCCACACAGCCAUUCUUCCAGUAAGAUUAUGAAUUGUGGUGUUUUUUAAAUGAAGCUUUCAGGAGUGAAGUGAAAGAAAGUCAUAACAUAUGGGAAAUAAAAACCUCUUAAGUAAUGUCCAUUCAUUUGACAUUAGAUAUAUAUAUUUAUCUCCUUAGAAAUGCAAGAAGCUUUUGUGGGAAACAGAGAAACAAGCAACUAUAUUUCUUGUACACACCUAAAUAUUAUUGGAAGAUAAGCUACAUCAAUCAGCAAAGAAGUUUUCAUACAAGCAAAACAAGAUAUAAAUGUACCAAAAGUCACACAUUUGUUUGUAGUAAAUACUAUUGUAAUCCAUGCAACCAUGAUUUACAUAUUGGAGUUUUAAAACUUAGCACUUCUGCACCCAAGGGACUAACAAAAGUAAGCAUUCAUAUGUCCCGUAUUAAAAACACCUUGGACUCUGUUUCAAAAGCUGUUUUUGGCAAUCAGAAUGAAAUGUUUUCACGUUUCUCUAGAUUCAAACCAGGAAUAUUGAAUAAAAAAUCAGAAGAUGAUGUGUUAAACCAGAAAAGUGUUAAAGAAGCUUCUGGCACCAAUAUUCUGAAUGAUUCCAGCAGUAAAACAGAUAAGAGUCCUUUUCCAGAAGGUAAAAUCUCAAACCCUUCAUUGGAAAACCCACCCAAGAUUGAUCCAGUUUUAGAGAAAGGACUAGAAGACAGUAAACAAAACAUUUAUUAUACAAACUAUAUAAUUACAAAAUUUGAAGAAUCAUUAUACUUUUUAUCAAGUCAUAUAAAUUCAUACUUUACAAAUAUGACUGAUAGAAAUGAAAGUAACCGUGUACAAAAAGAUACAGAAGUAAAAGAGGCAAAGGAUGAAAAUGGAAUCAGACAGAAUCCUCCUAAGGAAGUAGUUGAACUUAAAGAGGAGAAAGGCACAGAUUCACAAUUUCUUUCAGCUACAGUAGCUCACCCUGAAGAGCUCAGUGGAACAUCUGGUGUUCUUCCAGUUUCUGUUAAACAGAGUUUUGCCAACUUUCUUGCACGACCUACUGACAGUGUACAAGCACUUGUGGGUGGUUACAUUGUUGGACUUGUACCCAAAUUAAAAGCUGAUUCAAAGCAUCAUUCGGAAGAAUUUCAAGGUGGUAGCCCAGCUGAGGAGGCACAUAGGAAAGAAAAACAAGAUGAAGAGAAAAGACGCCUAUCCCUUCAGCGAGAGAAGAUCAUUGAAAGGGUGAGUAUAGAUAACAGAACCCGGGCUUUAGUUCAAGCAUUAAGAAGAACGACUGACCAUAGACUCUGUAUUACCAGGAUUGAGGAAAUAACUUUUCAUCUUCUAGCAUUUCCUGAAGCAAAAGCACUAGCUGUUAAGGAAAAACUUGUUCCAUACUUACUUCGACUAAGGCAAGUUAAGGAUGAAGCUCUUCAAGCUACUAUUAGAGAAAAUUUAGCUUUGAUUGGCUAUACAGAUCCAGUGAAAGGAAGAGGAAUUCGUAUUCUCACAAUUGAUGGUGGAGGAAUAAGAGGUGUGGUUGCUCUUCAGACACUUCGAAAAAUAGUUGAACUUACUCAACAGCCAAUUCAUCAACUUUUUGAUUAUAUUUGUGGUGUAAGCACAGGUGCCAUAUUAGCUUUCAUGUUGGGAAUAUUUCAUUUGCAUCUGGAUGAAUGUGAGGAACUUUAUCGAAAGUUAGGAACAGAUGUAUUUACCCAGAAUCUCAUUGUUGGAACAGUCAAAAUGGGGUGGAGCCAUGCAUUUUAUAACAGUGAAACCUGGGAAAGAAUACUAAAGGAUAGAAUGGGAUCUGAUCUAAUGAUUGAAACGGCAAGAAAUCCCAAGUCUCCUAAGGUGGCAGCAGUAAGUAGUCUUGUAAACAGAGGAGUAACACCAAAAGCAUUUGUGUUCAGAAACUAUGGUCAUUUUCCUGGAGUGACUUCCCACUAUUUGGGAGGAUGUCAUCAUAAAAUAUGGCAAGCCAUUCGAGCAUCAUCUGCUGCACCUGGUUACUUUGCGGAAUAUGUAUUAGGAAAUGAUCUUCAUCAAGAUGGAGGUUUGCUUUUGAAUAAUCCUUCAGCUUUAGCAAUGCAUGAGUGUAAGUGUCUUUGGCCAGAUACCCCAUUACAGUGUAUAGUAUCCUUGGGCACUGGGCGUUAUGAAGGUGAUGUGAGGAACAAUUUAACAUCGACAAGCCUGAGAAGUAAACUGUCAGCUGUUAUCAGCAGUGCUACUGAUACAGAAGAAGUCCAUAUAAUGCUUGAUGGCUUUUUACCUCCUGACACUUAUUUUAGAAUCAACCCAGUAAUGCGUGAAAACAUACCUCUGGAUGAAAAUCGAAAUGAAAAGCUUGACUUCUUACAAUUGGAAGGGAUUCAGUAUUUAGAAAGAAAUGAGGAAAAAAUGAAAAAACUCGUUAAAAUAUUAACUCAAGAAAAAACAACUCUACAGAAAAUUAAUGAUUGGAUAAAAUUAAAAUCAGAUAUGUAUGAAGGUUUUCCUUCUAAAUUGUGAAGAAAAAAAUUUGCAUGCACCAUGCUAAAUGUGAAAUCUAUUCUAAAGGAGUUGUCCAAUUCUAUGGAAAACUGACACAUAUAGGUAUACAAAUUAAUUUUAUGAUAUUUGUUCAUCGUAGACUAUGCUGGGAACAACAACAACUGCCCAGACCAGCAUGAACAGUUCAGGGUAUUUGGCAUAGAAUUUAUAUUGGAAUUAGGUUUUUCUGAUGUUAAUAAUUAUUUGAACUUUAGGAACUUACCCGUUGUACUAUUUGGUUUUAGUAAACACAGUGAUGUUUUUGUUUUUUUUUUGUGAAGUUUUGAGAUAUAUUAGUAUUUGUGCCAAACAAGACACUGGAAAUUAUAAUGCUCUAAUUUUACUUUAAGGUAUCAUAAUCAUGUUGAAUUUAUUUGAACAUUGUUUUGUGUUUGUUUUUAGUGGAAAAUCAUUUUUCCUAAGGAUCUAUUCUAGUAUGUUUUUGCAUUUCAGUUUAAUAAUUUCUUAAUGGAUGUAUGAAAACAGAUAUUUGCUUCUGUUAGAGUCCUUUCACAAAAAAUAAAAUAACAUUAAAUACAUAAUUUUAUCUCCUAAAAUUUACUUACACCAUCAGAGUUUGGUUCAAGAAAUAUACUUACCAAUAUUUUGCUGAGAUUUCAAAAUACUGUAUGUUAUCUUUUCAAGAUAGCUUUGUCCUUCAUUGUUUGAAAAAUUAAUCCCUUGUACUCAUUGAAGAUAAUAUUCCUAUCAAAAUAAAUUCUUUUAAGUAAUCUGUUUCA